AUGUACCUCCUGCCAUAUGAUCUGUAUACGAGCCCCGUUUCUCGGCGACAAUGUAGGAGACGGCUUAGUGAUGUACCCGUGCUCCGUAGCAGUGAUCCUUGUCCUAGCCGUGCUUGCUCCCGCUUCGAAUCUCAUCAGGACCUACUCAACAGGUUCUCCUCAAAUAUAGCUGAAGAAGAACGAAGACUGCAGACCUUGCUGCUCGCGCAUGAUCUUGACGGCAGCCGCUAUUCUGGUCUCACUGCUGGUGCAUUGCAGGCCUGUUCCCAGCCGGCUGAGAGCUGUGCAUACCAGCAUGGCGCAGACGUGUCUGAUCCACUGUCUUCCGAUGGAAUCAGGGAUAAAUACGACUACCUGCUCACCCCACUACGCAUGAAGUAUUUUCCGAAGCUCAGUCCAGACGAGCUCAGGACUCUUCUGAGCACACCGCCGACGCGUGUGGCAACCCCGGACUGCUCCUGGUGGGCAGACUCGCCCACGGGCAUGGAGAUCCACUCGCCCUCCCACUCCAGGCGGGAGAAAGUAUGCCUCCGCGAGUCCAUGACGCUGUGCAGAACCGGUACCGGACGGUCCUCCUCCUCCCUGGCCCCCGUGUCCGUUACAGGGGGGUGCUCCUGCCCUCCUCUGUGUGGACGGGCCUCCCACGGCGGCGACGGCGGCGGCGGAGGGGCCACACUGUCGCUCCCGCUGACUCCGCCGCUAAGCACCCAGUUUCCCGUUCUCGGUGCGUUUGCUUCUCACGACGAUGACGUUGUGCCAGCUAUCUCUGGCUCCUCAGGGGAGGUGCGGGCGCAGCAUACCCGAGCUCGCGCGCGUACCCCGCUCCUCGGCCCAUUCGACUCGUUGGAGGACGGCUCUGUGCAUGCGCUUGGCUCUGGCUCCGGCUCCGACUCUGACCCUGCUCCGUGCUCGAUCAGUGCCGCGAGCACCGCAGGCGUACCUGUACCUGUACCUCUGCCUCCCUCGGCGGAUGAACCGAGGGGCUCGAGGGACUAUGCCGCCGCUCGCGACGCUCGCGACCCUCAAGCUGCCCUUCAAAAUGAUCCCGCGCUCACGCGGGGUGUCGCGAGUCUCACGACGGUCCUCCAGCGGCAUGGACAUGGUCCGCUGACUUCUGACGCCGUGUUGGGCUUCCGCCGCGUUAUCGACGAAUUACAAGGCGCGGAGGAGCGCCCUCCCAGAGAUCGCUCGAGCUCCCAGAUCGACUCGCCUUCGCCGCCCUGUCAAGAAUCCGCUGGACAUGCCGCACGUACCGCAUCUCGAGACCCUCCCGACAGCGCUUGGAAGGCCCGCACCCGUGAACAGUCGCCGGGUCUGAAGCUGGACAGAGGGGAGCUCCCGCUGUCUGGGCCUUUCGCAAGUACUCGGAUCACAAAUGGAAAGACAUCUUCUUUGAGCGAGGAAUAUCAUCAGCUGCUGCACGCCCGUGCCGAGGAAGAGGAGCGGCUUGCCGCACAGCUCACCCUCCUUGCACACAGGCUCGAGACGAUGGCCAAUUGCCGGCGCCAGUUGGCCAGAAUAGCACGGGCGACUGAAUAG